AACACUGUGAAGGACAGACUGUGUGUGCAUAUGUAGAGUUUACAGGAUAAUGGCUGGGAGUGAGUCAGCAUCUUAAACGUGCUCUGGAACUGGACUCAGUGAGUGAUAAUCCUCUUGAGCUAGAGGUAGGAGACAGAGGAGACACAGGAGACACAGGAGACAGAGGACAGGACACUCUCAUCACAUCCAGAUGCAAGACCAGCAAAACACUGCAGGAAGCCUUUGGUCACGCGUGGUAGUUUCUCCAUAAAAGUCAUCUGGUUUAGCAGUGGAGGAGAAGACGUGAGUCCUCGUCCUUUUCCAGAAGUCCUCUGGGACACUGAGGUGACAGGUUCUCUAUGGUAAGGAUGAGUCUGGACCCUGUGCAGGUGAUGAGUGGACAGGUCAAGGAGCUCAAAGUGUCCCCGUCGACCAACGGCGGCAGCAGAGGAUCAUGGGAGGAGAAAGAGGAACCUCAGCAGCAGGAUCACCUGGGCCUCAGCACCAAGCCAAAACCAGUGACAGGGAGACGACCCCGGAAGGUGGAGGGAGGCGUGUUCUUCCCGAAACCAGAGAACGCAGUGACCGUCGCCGUCUCCUCUCGUGUUCUGUUCAGGACCGAGCGCGAGCAGAAGGUGUUUGAGCAGAAAGGAGUGGAGGAGUACCUGAGGUUCCAGAUCGAACACGAGAACGAGCCCUUCGCCCCCGGACCUGCUUUCCCCUUUGUCAAAGCUCUGGCGGCGGUCAACACUCGUCUGCGGGAGCUCUACCCACAGAGUGAGGAGCUGUUCGACAUCGUUCUGGUGACGUACAACCACGCACACGUGGGAGUGCGACUCAUCAACACCAUCAACCAUCACAAUUUGUUCAUCGAGAGGUUUUGUAUGACGGGGGGAAGCAGUCCCAUCGGCUACCUGAAGGCCUGGCAAACCAACCUCUACCUGUCAGCUGACGCCGAAAAGGUCAGGGAGGCCCUGGCUGAGGGCAUCGCAGCAGCCACCAUGUUCAUGACAGAGAAGCUGACCGAGGUGUCAGAGUCACAGCUGAGGGUGGCGUUUGACGGCGACGCCGUGCUCUUCUCCGACGAGUCGGAGCGCAUCUUCAAGGCCCACGGGCUGGACAAGUUCUUUGAGCACGAGAGGGAGAACGAGGACACGCUCUUGGAUCAUGGUCCCCUGAAGGGCUUCCUGGAGGCACUGGGGAAACUCCAGAAGAAGUUUUACACCAAAGGUCAACGCCUGGACUGUCCCAUCCGGACCUACCUUGUGACGGCGCGCAGCGCGGCCAGCUCCGGGAUUCGGGCUCUGAAGACGCUGAGGGCCUGGGGUCUGGAGAUCGACGAGGCCUUGUUCCUCGCGGGAGCACCAAAGGGUCCCAUGCUGGAGAAGAUCAGGCCGCACAUCUACUUUGACGAUCAGAUGUUUCACGUGGAGGGAGCGGCGGAGAUGGGCACCGUUGCCGCCCACGUGCCUUACGGCAUCGCACAGAAACACCAAACGCCAAACGCCAAACAGAAAACCAGUGCGGCAAAGUAGAUGGCAGAGGAGUUCAGAUUCAGGUUGGAAACAGCACAAGAGAAGAAGAAGAAUGGGAAUGAACUUGAAAACUGACUGUAGCAAUGUACGGUUUUAUCACUUUUAUGCAAAGUGUGCCAGCUUUACGCAUCAUUUUAGGAGUUAGACAUUUAGAGGUGAAGCCGACGUCCGAUACCUCAGGGGACAAUUCACAAAACCUUUGUCAACUCAAUUGUGUGUUUUGUUAGAACUCGUUAGAACGGGGUGCACAUGGAUCUGAUGUCACUCCUCCUGACUCAUCUUCUUCUCUCAUGAACAUGGUUUAUUGGAAAUGAAGAUGCAGGGCCACCAGCCUGUGGUGUGAUGAGCAGUUUUGGUCAAACAUCAUCAGACGUGUGAAAGUGUGUCGGGGAUGAGAGGACAAGAGUUCCACAACUCAGUGUCAGGGACAAGAGAAGAACAUCCUGAGCGUUGGAGGAACGCUCUGGACGCCUGGUUUUCACUUCAGUCAUCAGGUUCAAUGUUUGACGCCUCCGUUCCUAACAGACAAACUGGCCUCAGUCAGGUCUUGCAGUCUCGAGUUGAAGGAUCAAAAGGUUCAUAUCUUCUUUUAAACCCAUGGCAGAUAUGACACAUCCCAUUAAACGACACAUGAGACUGGGUUGUGUUUCUCAGUAGCUUCACAACUUCUUGUUGCCGAGCACGACCGUGACCCAAGAGGGACAAAAACAGGGCGUCAGUACAGUUACAGAGACGUCUCACAGCACCAGCCCUGCCCAUGUCAGUAUCUGUGUCAGAAGUGCAGAGGUCACAGUCAUGAUCACAGUGACCCGACUCUCUUCCUGUCUCUCCACCACUUGUCGUCAUGAAGAAGUUUUGAAAUGAAACACUGUUGUGUGUUUGCUGCCAGUAAAUGAGCCAAAGCAUAGAAGUACACAACCGUAGGAUUUAUAGUUAUCGUGCAUGAAAUAUGAAAUUUAAAGUUUGCCAUUUCGGAGAUCGACUUCAUAUUAAUGUGUGUUUAUGAUAUUGUAUAUUAUUGAAACUAGGAAAACUAGAGAGCUAUAGGUUUUAGUCGGUGCCUUGGCUUCAACAAUGACAGCAAACUGUUGCACUGAGAAAUGCAGUACAGUCAUUAACAGAACCUCAAUGAUGCGUCGUUUAGUUUCAUCACAUACAGCAUGCUGAGGUUAAUGUUAAAGUCCACUCCAGCCUGAGUGCACUGAAGGCUCAUCGCUGUUUUCACUUAAACACUGCGGUUUAAACUCAGGUGUAUGAUGACGAUUAUUAUUCUUUUUUUAGGUUUUUAACACACAGGUAGCGCAUGCACACAUAGCGAAGGUUACAUGUGACCACUAAUGAUGUACGACACAAUGUAAUAAAAGCUAAAUCUGUAAUCUUUAACGUGUGUUAACGUACAGAAGGACAAAGAAAAGCUUGACAAACUUUUGUUAAACAGGUCGCACAGAAGCAGGUUUUUCCACUAGGUCAAAUCACGGGAUUAAAUAUGCUAAUUGUUACAGUUUUGCAUGUUGAAUGUUUGCUGUAUAUAAGACAUGAGCUGCUCGGUCUGUGGCUGUCAUCAUCUGAGUCUCCCCCUCAUACAGUAAUGUGCCUUACAUUUUACAUCGGACAGAUCUGGACCACAGACAGACAGACAGGCAGACAGACGUGGGCACUGACGUUACCCCAUACCAUCACUUAUUCUACAGCUCAGAGCUCAAACUCAUCUGCGCACAGAAGAUGUUUCCUCUGUCUCUCAGAUGAGUUUGGACGUUGAGAACUCAGAGAAAAACAGUUUUAGGAUGAAUUUCCUUGAUGCAGAAGCAGACUGUGUGACUCGCUCAUGUGUGGCUCAUUUUCUCAUGCAUAUUUAAGGGAGAGGAAGUCUUUAAGCACAGGAAUGUCCCGACUCACUGACUCUCUUCACAAUAUUUCCCCCUGCAGACGUUGAAACAUCUAAAUUGUUUGCAAUCCCACACUGAGAAACACUGGUUUGAACUAACAAAUGGUGAAUCACGAGUCACGACUCAUACUUCCUGGCAAAAUUAGGCCUUUAAACGGGUGCUCGGUUUAUAUCACACACCCAUAUCAACACAUUUUAAUCUUGCAAAGUGUUCCAACCUUUUCUGAGUGUGUUGCAGCAUAACAAUCCUUUUAUUUUUACAUGUGCAUCGACAUUUAAGCAUUUGGACGCUUUUAUGCAAAGCGACUUACAAAAGAGGAAUACGCUACACAGAAGUAGUCUUAGAAAGAACUCCACGAGAUAGGAAGCAUAAGUUCUUCAUAUUGGGUUAGUCAGUGAAAACACUGAGAAUAUUUUCUUUGCACUUAAAAAAAAAAGGUUCAAGCGAUUCAAUAAAUGACAUAUUUUAGUUUUUUUAUUUAAAGUGUC